UCUGUGUUACACGUAGAACACCUAUUGCCACGUACGUAGGUUUGUUUCUUCCCUUUUUCUUCCCUUGUCUGUCGGGUUUCUGCUUCAGACUCGGUGAGAGUUACGCCAUGGACGAUUCCUCUCAACUCCUCCAAGCAGCUUCUGAUUUUGUUCACUACCCAGGGCCUCACAGCGAUGAUUCCUCCAGGGACUUUCUCAAUCGUUUCCCUCUCCCAGUCAUCAUCAAUGCAUUACAGACUCAGUUAGAUGUGCCUGGCCUAGAAAAUACUCUUGUUGCAUGCCUUGAAAGGUUAUUCAAUACGAAGUUGGGUGCUUCUCUGAUCCCACAGUAUAUGCCUUUUGUUCAAGUUGGUCUGCAGGCAGAUUCUCAAGCAGUCAGAUCCUUAGCUUGCAAAACAGUUACAUCCCUUCUGGAGAAUCUAGACAAUGAUCACAAAGUUGCUGCUAGUGCUUGUCUAAUUAAAGACUUCAACAUAUAUCCUCUUUUGCUUGAUUGUCUUAUAAAUGGCAAUGAACAAGUGGCAGCUGUGGCAACAGAUGCAAUAAAAAAGUUAGCUGGUUUUCCUGAAGGCAUGGAAAUUAUCUUUCCAUCUGACAAAGGAGAUGAUACAGACCUGGAGAUUAUAGCAUCACAAUGUUCAUCACUGGGCCGAGUUCGGGUACUGGCAUUAGUGGUGAAGCUUUUCUCAGUAUCUAGGUCAGCAGCGUCUACCAUUUAUAGUUUAAAUCUACUUCAAUUGUUGGAAGCAGAAAUCAGAAAUGCAGAUGAUACCCUUGUAACUUUAAGUGUUUUGGAGCUUAUAUAUGAGUUAGCAGAGAUUGAACAUGGUACAGAAUUUUUGUCAAAGACUAGCAUCUUUCAAUUGCUUUCGUCAAUGAUCAGCCACAAUUCUAUGGAAUCAAUUUUAAGAUCAAGAGCAAUGAUGAUAAGUGGAAGGCUACUGUCCAAGGAUAUUAUAUACUCCUUCACGGAUGAACCUUGUGUUAAAGCUGUUAUUUCGUCUAUUGAUGGUAGACUUCAGUCAUUGGAAGCUUCAGAUAGAGAUGAAUGUGAAACUGCACUUGAAUCAUUGGGUCAUAUGGGAUCAUCUAUCCAGGGAGCUACAUUACUACUCUCAGGUUCAUCACCUGCUGCUCGACAUGUUAUAAAUGCUGCUUUUGAACGACAAGGACCAACAGGGCAUGGUAAACAGCUGGCAGCAUUGCAUGCUCUAGGAAACAUCUCGGGAGAAACCAGAUCUGAGAACAACAUCAUACUCAAUGCCGAAGAAGAAGAAAACCUGCGACGCUUAAUUUAUGAAACAGCAUCCAGAAGCUCAAAGCUGACUCCAUCGGGUCUUUUUCUGUCAGUAUUGCAGCAGGAUUCAGAAAUACGUCUAGCGGGCUAUAGAAUGCUAAGUGGAUUGGUUGCCCGACCAUGGUGCUUGAUGGAGAUAUGUUCAAAACAAGAGAUUAUAAAUAAAGUUACGGACCCAAGUACUGAAACGACAAAAAUAGGUAUGGAAGGCAGAUAUAACUGCUGCAAGGCAAUACACAAAUCAUUGACAGUGUCUAGUAGAGUUUCUGCUAAUCCUGCUUUUGCAGGAAUAGCUGCAAAGUUUCAGGAAGCUGUUGGAAUGGGUCCAUAUCUUGUUAAAAGGCAUGUUGAAGCUCAACCUGCUGUGAUAACGGCUGAUAGAUUUUAGUUUUCACACCUGAGUGGUCAAGCAAUACCUGUAAUGGAGCAGUUUUUUUUCUCUUCUCAAAUACAAUGUGGAGUGUUAUAGAACAAAAACCUUUUCCCCCUCAAAUGUUGAAACUUGAUGGAAUGAGUAUAUUAAUCAUAGUUUUUUAGUGUAUUAUAUUUCAAUGGCUUUUGUCAACUCUAGCAAAUAGAUAUUCUUUUUGGCUUUGGAUGUGUGUUGCAUGUGUGAAGUAGUAGUCUUUGUCAACAAUUACAUUGUCUACUAACUGGCAUAUAUACUGAACUUGCAUUCAGCUAUAAUUUAGCUUAUUCAAGUUCGACUGCA